UGCAGUUGUGUAGACGCACAGCCUCCUCCUCCUCCUCCUCCGUGGCUCGUGUUCCUCGGUAACAUGGUGUGCAGCGCGCGGCAGCAGUAGACGUAUCACUGGACCGUAAGAGAAGGCGCUCGCACUGCUUGUCCUGCUCUCCUUCCACAACAAAUCAACGCAACGAGGGAAACUUUGCGUUUCUUGGACACGGUCUUACCUCAUUGGCCCUCACUGGUCUGACCUGGGGCCUCGGCGUUGUCACUGCGCACACAGAGACAUAUCAUCAUGGGAAAACAGAACAGCAAACUCAGGCCCGAGAUGCUACAGGACCUGAGGGAGAACACAGAGUUCACUGACCACGAGCUGCAGGAGUGGUACAAGGGGUUUCUGAAAGACUGCCCCACUGGGCAUUUGAACGUUGAGGAAUUUAAGAAGAUCUAUGCCAACUUCUUCCCAUACGGUGAUGCCUCUAAGUUUGCUGAACACGUCUUCCGUACGUUUGACACGAACAACGAUGGGACCAUUGACUUCCGGGAGUUCAUUAUUGCUCUGAGUGUGACAUCGCGGGGAAAACUGGAGCAGAAGCUGAAGUGGGCCUUCAGCAUGUAUGAUCUGGAUGGCAACGGUUACAUCAGCCGUGAGGAAAUGUUAGAGAUUGUGCAGGCCAUUUAUAAGAUGGUGUCAUCGGUGAUGAAAAUGCCUGAGGAUGAAUCCACACCAGAGAAGAGGACAGAUAAGAUAUUCAGACAAAUGGACCUGAACAAUGAUGGCAAGCUGUCUUUGGAAGAGUUCAUAAAAGGUGCCAAAAGUGAUCCCUCCAUUGUGCGGCUACUACAGUGUGACCCCAGCAGUGCUUCACAGUUUUGAGUCGCUCCAGACAAGCGGCACAAAAAUGCAUGAAAGCUCUUAUAUCUCAUUCUUUUUUGUGUUCCAGACAGAAGAGUUUUAGGAAAAAAAGUGCAACAAUUUUGCUUUCAGUUUUUCCCAGAAUGGACAUGUGUACAUCUGAAGCACAAAGACAACACCCGCCAGGACAUUCUCUGUCUGGUGCGUGGCAUCCGUCCUUGUCUCUGCAGAAGCUGAUGGAGUACUCGACUCAAAAAAAUAUAUAUAAAAAAGCGGCCGAUAGUGUUCCAGGGUCCAGAUUUUGGAAAAGAAUGUUCCUUUUUAGGAAUCAUGCAUGCGCUUUUGAACUUCACCACCCUUCUUGUGUUUAAUAUCUGUGCUGUUUUGUUUCUCUUCCUCUUUGUUUUGUGAGGGCACAGUUCCCCAUCUACUUUUUAUAUUGAUAUGUAUGUGUAUAUACAGUAUAAAUGCAUUGAGAAACAUGAUAGGACUACAAAGGAAGGCAGUAAUAGACGUCACAUGCGUCUUAUGGCAGUAUUAUGUAGCUUUGGGCAGUAUCCACUAUCCAGAUUUUAGCCUCCAAUUGACCCAUUGGACUGAUGGACUGAAUGUUGGGAUUUUUCUGCUCUGGAACUCAUGAUCUUUAUUUUACAAAGAGAAGGCUGAGGAUCCCAUUCUAGAAUUUUGUUCAUUUCAUUUUUGUUGUAAAUAUGUGGUUUGCUUUCAUUAUUUCGUUAUUUAUUUUUUUUGCAUUUUUAUGGCGUUUAUUUUAACCGGGGAUAUUUUAUUACUGUCAAAACUAGACGUGAGACACUUGAUGUAUUAUGCCGUUUGGAGUUAGUUGUUAGUCGUUCGAGGCUUUUCAGUGCAUUGUGGGACAUUUUUGCAUCAGGGGACACAUUCCGUUGAAUGGAAGACACUGGUAGCACAUAUCAUUUGAAGCGCUUCAUCUGUGUGCGUGCGGUUAUGCGCGUUUGUAUGUACGCAAGAAUGACGGUUUGCAUGUUUUGGUGUAUGUAUGCGUCUGUGCUAACUUUAUAGUCAUAUUGUGUAGUUAAUACAAUAUCUUUGUAUGCAAGCAAGUUUUUGAACCCUGAUUUGAAGCAGCAAAUUCGUGACACCUUGAUCCGGUAAUCCUUGAAUGGUACUCAAAAUCACAACCUUAGGUUUCCAUCAACAUCAUAGACAGGAAUGUACAAAGUUAUAAUUUAUAAUCAUUGCUCACCUUUAGAUAAAAAGUUUGAAUCCUUAAAGCGAUCACUAAGGGCUUAUUUCCACUCUUGAAUCAACAGGUGUGAAGAGAACGCCACUGCUUUGGUUUUUCUUUUCGUUUUAUGCAGCGACUGAGAUUCCAUGACCUGAAUUCUCCAGGUGGUCCUGCUUUUGUAGCAUGCAGCAUUAGUUUGUGAACUCCAUAUAUGCCCACUCUCAAUACAUGUGUAGCUGUCUCACUUUUCUGGCAUCUAUGUUGCUUCCAUAUUUGUACUGAGACCAUAUUUGAUGCUGCACCCUCUAUGGCAACUUUCCUCUAUUAUGUUGCAUGGAAACCUCAUGCGAGGACAUAAUGAUUGUCCCCUUUUACUGACGUUGAAAAAUAUACAUAUGUGUUUAGACUGUUGCCUGAGAGUGAUUCUUACACAAUACUGACAUACUGUACACUUACUGUAAUGUUGUGUGAGUAACUUAUUGAUUAACAUGGUGAUGUGAUCAUAAAGUGCAAAGGUAAUUAGCCGAACUGUGUGGCAUUCAAAGUUGAAUUUAGAAUACCUUGAACAUUCCAAUAUGAUUCCUGAUUUUGGAAUGAAGGUAGAAAAAAAAACCAGAAAUGCAAAAUUGAAAUUUGAAUCGGAAUGUAAAGCUAAAAUUAUUCAAAUGAAUAGAAAUUUAAAGAACUACAUGUAAAUUGUUUCAAAGACUUUUAAGUUUGAAAGUCUUUGAUUAUAUUUAAAAUAUUUAUAUUUUAUUAGAUUACACUUUCUCUAGACAGCAUGAAAGUUUUUAAAAAGGUAUGUUAAGUGUAUCAACAUAACACAUGAGUUUUGAUACAUGAAUGACAAAACAUCAAAUCCAACUUGCACAAGCACCAAUGUAACAUUCACCUUUCUUCAUAAGUGUUUAAAAUGCACUUGGUCCCUGAAUGAUGCCAGAGCCAUGGUCCGGUUCAUAAUCAGAUCCAGAUACUGGACCUUUCCAGCGCUGCCCGGUUAAAUGGGGAUGCGGAGUGGUGCUGGCGGUACAGACCGAAGGACACGGAGCCGUGUGGCCGUGAAUUGUAGGGUGGCCUGUGCUGCUCUGGCGGUCUAAUAAUGGACAGCUUUUGCUCCUCAUCUUCUUGGCAAUUUUGGGAUGGGGGUGAGCAAUGGGGGUCGGCUGCUCUUGGGGUUUUCAUCUGAAAUGGAACAUAGUGAUGCCACUAUAGUAUGACUGCAGAAUAAGGGCUCUUAUACAGACAGGGGGCCGUGAGUCAGUCACACACAUGUUAGUUCGUAUUCUCUCAAGCAUCUAUUAGGAUGGGUCGCCAUGAUUUUACCAAGUAAGACAUGUUCCUGGAUCAACAUCUUCUGAUGAUCCUGGAUCAACAUUAUUGUCCAAAAAUAUAGACUUAAUAUAGAUAUAAACCCAAUCCCUACCCCUAAACCUUACCUUACCCAGAAUUUAUUCCUAAAAUCAUUGGGAAAUAAUAGGUGAUUAGCAAGGGUGUAGAAGCACCUAACUCUAAAUUUGUAAGCCUAAAACAGAUACAACUUAAAAAUUAUAUCUCAAUUCUGAUUGGUUGAUUGGAAUGUGGUUCCUUGUUGAUCCUGGAACAUGUUGUACUUGGUGAAAUCACGCUCGCCUAUUAGGAUGACCGCUUGAGUUGUCAGAUGAACAACUUAAGACUCACAGGAUGAGUCCACCUACGCCAAAGCGCUGAUUAUUUUUAUUAGUGCAAAUUUAAGCUCCCUUGAGAAUCAGUGCAUGCACAUACCAAUCUGCUCUCAUCUUGUAAAUGUUGUUUGCGGAGGCACCAGGGAAGACCGAGGUAGGAGAUGGAGACCUUAAAUAAGCGACAUGAGAACACCAUCUCCACUGCACUCAUUAGUAUCAGUGGGACCCACAGGACUAUCGUGGUGCU